AUGCCUCUGCUACUAGAAAUGCCGGAUUUAGUGAUGAGAAGGAUACUAGAAGAAUCGGAUUAUGUUUCAAUUCAAUCCCUACGAAAAUCCUGUCACCAUCUUCGAAACUUCAUAGAAGACGUCAAACCGGAAUCCACAAUGUCUAAAAUUGAUUGGUCACAGACGAAGAAGAAAGUUCUAGAAAAUUCGGAUUUUUUGGAUGUUGCUCUUCGCGAUAUUGAGUGUAUUUUGGAAUCUAAGAAUUCUACUGUUAUGGACUAUAUUAUUGUGGAUUGGUGGCAACAAGAUCAUCAAUCGGCUCAAAAGUUUCUAAAAGGAUUCCGAAAAAUUCUGGAGCAGAGAACCUCUUUGGUCCGUACCAGAUCUUUCAAUAUGACAUCUAACACACCGGAUCAAACAUUCCAAAUUCUUCCAUUCAUGGAUGCAGACUGCUUAAAACAAAUAACAAUAGAACACCCUGAUAACGACCCGAAAACUGAUUUCAAAUUGGCAGAAUUGAUGGAAUUCAAACAAUGGAAACAGGCGGAGACGUUGUAUUUAUUCAACAUUUCAUUGGAUAUUCCAGUGAAAAAUUAUAUUCAUUUCAAGAAGAUUUCUGUAGACAUUUGGGAUGUUUCGAUAGAUCUGGUGAUAGAGUUGAAAGAGGCGUUCUCAACCCUCUCCCACUUGGAGCACUUUGAAAUUCACUUCCACCGGUGUGAUGCUCAAAACCAUCUCAUCAACAAGUUUGGGCCACCCUAUCAAGACGAGAACCGUGCGAAAGAGCCAAGGGAACGAUGGUUCUUUUCUAUUCCUGGGGAUCCCGAUAUAAUUCAUUCUAUUAUUUUCUAUAAGAGAGUUAUUAUUUUCAAUCGUUUCGAAAAAAAUCGGGGGAAGGAAGAAAAAGAUGAUGAAUAUAAUGACAUUGAUACUUUGCCAAAUAAUGCUAUUAUUUUGUGA